GAUAUGGUAUGUAAAAGUUGAUAAAUUAAGAUGGUUAAAUCGGUCUGACUUUUGAGUCUCCUCGUAGAUUCAACUUGCUCUGCAAAACGCUAUUUAGGUUUGGUUUAGUUUAGUUUGGAUUACAGGUAUGGCUAUCAAUCGCAUGUUUAUUAAAAUUAAAAAGGGGUUUAAAGAUUAGAGUAUGGGUGAUCAUUUUCUUUCUAGAGGGCAGCAGCAUUAAUGUUGCUAUUGAAAGUGGGUUCAAAGACCUUUUAGCAAGGUUUACAAAUCCAAUUUGCUAACAUCUCCAUUUCGAUCAUUAGGGAUGAUAAUCCUCAAUCAAUCAAACCCGAAAAUAUACAGACAGCCAGUGGAUCUUCCUUUCUCGUCCAUUUUAGAGCCAUGUUCUGGUUUAUGUUCGGUUGUAUCUAAGUCGCUGUACUGGACAAGUUCUCCUGGUUCGUUUGGUUGAACCAACCCCUAAUGUGAAAGCGUGGCCAUAGUGGUCUGAACAUAUAGGGCCUCUCCUAAGGCUCUCGUCGACCUGAAAGUCAUUUAUCCAUCAAUCAUUCUCAUUAUUGACAAGUCUUCAUGUCUUAUUGCAUAUGCAUUUUUUUUUAAGUGGCACCAUUUAUCUCUUGUAAAAAUCCAUUUUAAACGGAAAUUCCAUUCAUGAAAAUCUAGUUUGGGAAAUCCGUUGAGAUUCAGCGAGACAAUAGGGUCCAGAUUUUGAGAUUAACCAGGAGUUGUAUUGCAUGUUCUAAGUGCAAUCCCUACAGUUGAAAGUUCCAACAUCACCAGCGGACCUGCCAACCCAGGCUACAAACAAAAGACAAUCUCAAUAGCACAAACUCAAAGCAACAAAAAAUUGUUCUUGUUACCAAAUUCGAGAUUUCUCCAUCCCCACUUUUAAUAUCUCUUUCUUCUUUGUCCUUUGCUGUUUGGUUGCGCAUGUACAGAGAAAUCACGUAUAGGAAAGUUCCAUUAAUAUUAAUUCCUACCAUUCAUUAAAAGCCGGCAGAAUUCAAGAAUUUAAGGGAAUGUGUGAACUAAUCAAUAUAUAACUCAUAGAAAAUCAUAGCCCAAACGCAUGUAACCAACGAACAAAUCUUUCGCUCCUUUUUAUCUCUAAAUCUCUUCGUCAUCAUUUUUACAUUUAUUGUUUAUUUUCCCGGAGAAAAGGUCUUUGAUUUCUUCGAAACAUUUUGUCGCCAUUGGCAUACUUAUUUUCCUUCAUGUUUUACAAAUACUUAUUUGGCAAUAAGUGUUUUACUUGCUUAUUUAUGUCAGUGAUCCUAUUCUAUUAUAAACCUUCCUUCACUCGUACCCAUAUUAGAUGCGUUUCAAAGUUUUGGCUUUGUCAUCUUGGGGAAAGGUUUUGAUCCUAAAGGGGUGCUUCUUGGUUUGGUUUUAGAGGAAACAGAAAUCCAGAAAGCUGAUUUUAUAAUUGAGUGAUUUAGUUAUGGCGCAGCCAAGGGUGGUGGCAAUGGAGGAAGGUAAGGACCCGGCUUCUGCAGUCAGAACGAACCUCUCCAGGGUUUUGCCUUUGAGACUCUUCCUAUUUUGUUCGUUGUUUUUGUUCUUGGGCAUUGGAUUAUCGAUCAUCAGUAUGUAUUCAGUACCAUUUUUUGUGGUCCAGCGGAUAGCUACCGUAGCACCAUCCACUUUUCAGCCUUGGUUUGAAGAGGCUAAUAGCACAGAAAGUUGGAUUAGGCCUCCAUCAAACUUGUCGCAUACUAUGAAUGAUACAGAACUAUUAUGGAGGGCUUCAUUUGUUCCUCAAAUCAAGGAAUAUCCUUUGAAGAGAGUCCCCAAGAUUGCCUUCAUGUUCUUGACGAAGGGGCAAUUGCCACUGGCUCCUCUUUGGGAUAGAUUCUUCAAAGGGCAUGAAGGGCAGUACUCGAUAUAUGUCCAUGCCCUGCCAUCUUACAUUGCUGACUGUCCAGCAUCAUCCGCUUUCUACGGGAGACAAAUUCCAAGUCAGGUGGUGGAGUGGGGAAGAAUGAGUAUGUGCGAGGCUGAGAGGAGGCUCAUUGCUAAUGCAUUGCUUGAUAUCUCCAAUGAAUGGUUUGUUCUCUUGUCUGAGUCUUGCAUUCCUCUGCAGAAUUUUACCAUAACCUAUCGUUACAUAUCAAGAUCAAGACAUAGCUUCAUGGGUUCAUUUGAUGAACUUGGACCAGAUGGGAGAGGACGCUACGAUCCACGCAUGGAACCGGAGGUUACACUUAGUCAAUGGCGUAAAGGGUCUCAAUGGUUUGAAGUUGACAGGAGGCUUGCAAUUAAUAUAAUUGAGGACACCACCUAUUAUCCCAAGUUUAAGGAGUUCUGCCAGCCAGCUUGUUAUGUGGACGAGCACUAUUUCCCCACAAUGCUGAGCGUCCAGUUGCCUCAUCUAUUGGCAAACAGGACUCUUACAUGGACAGACUGGUCAAAGGGUGGUGCUCAUCCAGCUACAUUUGAGAAAGCUGAUAUAACAGAAGGUUUCUUUAAGAUAAUUUUUGAAGGUCAGUUAUGCCUUUAUAAUGGCCAACCAUCUAUAGUUUGUUAUCUUUUUGCAAGGAAAUUUGCUCCAAGUGCUUUGGAUCCUUUAUUAGGAUUGGCAUCCAAAGUUUUAGGGUAUUGACAUAGGGGAUGUUAUUUUAUACUUUCCUUUUCAUUCUUAGAAACCUUCUAAUUGGUCAAUCUAAUUUCAUGCAUGCUUUGAUUGAAAAAUGUUUUAAAGCUGGCUUUUAAUAAUUUAAACAAGUUUUUGAGCUUUCUGUUUUAUUUACAAUCAACAAGAAAAGCUAAUUAUUAAAAAAACAAAAAUCCAAAAAAGUUAAUCUAACUGUACCCUGAGAAUUAUACAAAGUUCUUCAAGUGAAGGGGGAA